AAAUUUUCUUCAAAUCCCUCUCUUCCUAUCAAUUUCUUCAAAUCCCUCUGUAUUCACUCUCUCUUUUGUGCUUUUCCGUUCAGAAAUGGCGAAGUCGAAGAAUCACACAGCGCACAAUCAGUCACGCAAAGCACAUAAGAACGGCAUCAAGAAACCGAGGAAGCACCGCCACACUUCCACCAAAGGGAUGGAUCCGAAGUUCCUUAGGAACCAGAGGUACGCCAAGAAGCACAAUAACAAGAGUGGGGAAACUGCUUCUGAGGAAGAGUAAACUAGAACUCCGCUGGCAAGUUUAGGGUUUUUAUAAGUUUUUCAUAUAUUGAAUCUUUUGCUAUCGCUCUUCUUUUUGUUCAGUAGUUUCUAUUUUGACUCAAUGUGGAAACCGCUUCUUCUGAGGCCUGGUUUAUGACGAUACAUUAUCUGAUUUGCAUUUCUAAGGCUUGAACUAUCGGUUACAUCUUCAUACAUAAUCAAUUUGUGCUAUUGAUAUUCUAUUCACUCA